AUGCUGUCUCUGGCUGCUGAGUCCCAAGCGCGAGAGCUCAAGCACGAAGACUCCUCAAGCUCUGUUGAGAAAUCCAAGGAGCUCGGUCACCUCUACUCUGAUAAGGAGAAGGUCGCUGUGGCGGUUGUCUCCGAUACUGAUGACUACUCGAGCGUGAAGGUCAUCGAGAAAUCCGAAGAUGUCGCCCUCGAGAUUCUGUCGACAGAGGAUAACCCGGACUUGCCUGUGUUUACAUUCCGCACCGUGUUUCUUGGUCUCGGACUUAGUGUUUUUGGCUCUACUCUUGCGACGAUCUAUACAUUUAAGCCACAGAAUGCAUCAGUAUCCCAACUAUUCUCUCUCAUUAUCGCGUAUGUCAUCGGAACCCUCAUGGCUGCUGUUAUCCCUACGAAGGGGUACUGGAGAUACUUCAAUCCUGGACCGUUCAAUAUCAAGGAACAUACUGCCAUCGUAAUCAUGGCGUCGACCGCAUCGAACGUAGCAGUGGGAAUGGAAGUAAUCGCGGCACUGAACCUGUUUUACAACAUUCGCCUCAAUGCUGCCGUCGCCAUCUUCCAAAUAUUUGCUAGUCAAAUGAUUGGGUAUGGAAUUGCAGGUGUCUUGCGCACGCUGCUCGUGUAUCCCACCUACGCAUUUUAUCCGACUUACAUAUCCGUUUGCAAUCUUUUGCAAAGCCUUCACUUUAGCGGCAGCUUGAACCACAAGAGGCGAAAAUACUUUUGGCUCGUGUUUGCGGGCAUCUUCUUCUGGGAAUGGAUCCCACAAUACCCGUUCCCCCUUCUUACCGCCAUUUCCGUAGUAUGUCUGAUCGACAACGGCCAUCACGCCUUCAUUCGUAAUUUGUUCGGCGGUGGUUCGAGUAACGAAGGGAUCGGUUUGCUCAGUUUCAGCACAAGUUGGACCCUUAUUACUCAGGGCUCGCCUCUCGUAUGGCCUCUGCAGACUCAGGUUAAUUCUUACAUUGGGAUGGCCAUCGGCUACAUCGUGCUCACCACGACGUACUAUUCGAACGCCUUUCACGCGCGCGAUCUCAUCUUCAUGUCGACGUCUCUGUUCGGCGCUGACGGGUCCAUUUACAACCAGUCUGCCAUUCUGACCCCGCAGUACAAGCUCAAUGCCUCUGCGCUCGCGGAGGUCGGUCUCCCGCGGUACACCUCGACGUACACAAUCAGCCAGAUCUGCUACAACUUCAGUUUGGGCGCAGCCAUCACGCAUGUGCUUCUGUGGCACUGGAAAGAUUUGAAGAGAGCGUUUGGUGGCAUGAAGUUUUUGAGGAGCAAUCAAGAGAUCGAUGAUCCGCAUUACCAAGAGAUGAAGAAGUACGCCGAAGUACCACAAUGGUGGUACAUUCUCCUGUUCGCCUUGUCACUGGGCGUUGGCAUUGGUUGCAGCUACACUACGGGCGAAGCGCUGUUGCCGUGGUGGAGCAUCCUCCUAUUCACCGCGAUCAGCUCUGUACUCGCAGUGUGCCUGGGUUUCAUCAUGGCUACCACCGGCUUCAGCAUCUCCAUCACUAACGCGAUCCAGAUCCUCGCUGCGUUCGUCCAUCCAGGUAAUCCAAUCGCUGUGAUGUACGUCAAUUUGUACGGUAACAGUACAGCGUAUCAGACGUUGUACAUGCUUCAAGAUCUCAAAUUGGGACAAUACACGAAGCUGCCUCCCAAGGCAACAUUCGCUGCCCAGAUGGCGGGGUCAAUUGUUGGCUCUAUUUUCAAUUAUACCAUGAUGAUCUCGAUUGUCAAUGCAAACCGCGCAGCGCUGUUGAAUCCUCUAGGAACCCGUGUGUGGAGCGGCUGGAAUAUCCAAAGCGUCAACUCCGCCUCCGUCGCAAUGGGUGCACUCGGGAAGGAACUGUUUGAAUACGGCAAGCCGUACUACUUGGUGGCCUUUGCGAUCUUCAUUGGCCUUGCGUUCCCGGUGCCGUUCUGGCUAUUGCACAGGUUCGCUAGGCCGGGCUCAUGGGUCGCCAAGUUCGCGGCGUACAUCAACACGCCCAUUGUAGCACUGUACAUCGGGUACCUGCCGUACUCCGUCAACGGACAGUGGUGGUCGUGCGUUGUCAUCGGCUUCGCGGCGCAAUGGUGGGCGCGCUCGCGCCGGCCGUCGUGGUUUAAGAAGUACAACUACCUGACGUCCGCUGCGCUGGAUGGCGGGGCACAGGUUAUCUUGUUCGUGCUGAGCUUCGCUGUGUUUGGAGCUAGCGGUAACCCCGUCGACUUCCCCUACUGGUGGGGAAAUCCCUCGAACCUCUCAGUCGAUAGAUGCGCCCUUACAGAGUAA